AUGGCCGACACAAAGAUGCAAGACAUCGAGGUCGACAAGAAACCCGCCAUCAUCGAAAACGAUGACGUCGAGGCAGAUCUCAAAGCCGGCACCAUCUCAGAUCUUGAUGAAGCAGAGAUCUUCCUCAGAGACCAUGGAAUCGCCCACUCGCGCCUCCAUGAGCUCAUGUCGGAUGAGAACGCCCUCAAGAAGCUCCGCCGAAAGGUCGACUGGACUCUGAUGCCUCUCCUCUGCGGCACCUACCUCCUCCAGUACAUCGACAAGCAGGCUCUUGGCUACUCUGCCGUCUUUGACCUUUUCACGUCUACCGGCAUGACCAGUGAUCAGUACAGCUGGAUGGCUUCCAUCUUCUACUUAGCAUACCUCGUCGCAGAGUGGCCCGCCUCCUAUCUUGCCCAGCGUCUCCCCACCGGCACGGUGGUCAGCUCCUUCGUCAUCACCUGGGGCACCAUCCUCUGCCUCACAGCAGCCUGCCAAAACUUUGCCGGCCUCGCAGCUUGCCGUUUCCUCCUCGGUACCUUUGAAGCCGUCAUCACCCCAGCCUUCAUGCUCAUCGUCUCCCAAUGGUUCCGCGGCGAGUCUCAGCCUUCGCGAGCCGGUCUCUUCUACUGCUUCAACGGCGUGGGCAGCAUGUUUGGCGGCAUCCUCUUCUACGGAGUCGGCCAAGCCAAGGGCUGGGACGUCUGGCGCAUCAUCUACGUUCUCUGCGGCGGUCUGACCAUCUGCUGGGGUAUCCUCCUCUUCUUCUUCCUCCCCAACAACAUCCUCACAGCCAAGAGGUUCACAGUUGAGGAGCGAGCCAUGCUCAUCGCCCAGAGCGCGCGUAACCGCACCGGUGUCUUCAACCGCAAGAUCAAGUGGAACCAGAUCAAGGAAGUUUUCUGCGACUCUCAGAUCUGGCUGCUCUUCUUCUUUACUCUUCUCAACGAGGUCAUCAACGGUGGAAUUGCCAACUUUUCCAAGCUCAUCGUCAAGGGCUUCACCAAGGACCCUCUUCUGACCACCGCGUACGGUAUUCCCUAUGGUGCCUGCAUGGUUGUCUUUGACUUUGUGGGUCCCUACCUUGCCUCGCGCUUCAAGAAUGUCCGAACUAUUGUCAUGAUUGUGUGGUUGAUGCCCACUCUUGUCGCUGUGACUCUGUUCUGGCAGCUUCCCCGAACCAACAAGGGAGGUCUUCUUGCUGGCUACUACAUUUGCGCUUCUUUCGUCGGUGCCCUUGUCGUCGCCCUUCAAAUGCCCGCCUCCAACGUCGGCGGUUAUACCAAGCGAACCACCGCCACAGCCUUUGUCUUCCUUGCCUACUGUAUCGGCAACAUCAUCGGCCCUCACGGCUUCCUCGGCUCCGAAGCCCCCAUCUACCAGACCGGCUGCAAGCUCAUCAUCGGCUGUGUCGCCGGCCAAGUCCUCAUCGCCCUCAUCCUCCGCUACGUGCUCAUCCGAAGGAACAAGCUCCGAGAUGCCCAGGGCCCAGUCAUCGAGGAUGAGAAUGCUGCUCUUCAGGAUCUCACAGACUUUGAGAACCCCAACUUCCGAUACGCUUAUUAG